AUGACUUCCAUUGCGUAUCACGCGACUAGAAAUCAGACGCGAGGAGGUUCUGGGUUAGUUGUUGUCGCGAUCCGAACGUUCGGCGUGCGUACUUUCCCGCCCGUGACCCGGGCGGCCACGAAAGGCUUGUGGACGGCCGCUCGCCUCACCACCACACCGACGAAGGUUCAUUCACUACGUCACAAGGCCGCCGACAAUCACGCGGCGCACGUACCGGAUAAAGUUCGCGUGACCACUACUACCACCGUCGCAGAUCCGCAAAGAGUUUUCUUAUCGACCGACAAGGAAUCGGAUUUGGUAACAAUUCGCGCGAAAAUCUUAUCAAACACCGUCUUAUCACGGCGGCACCUGACCCCAGAGAUUGCGCUACACCUCAUAACGACCGAUUGCACCAUUUACCACCGACCGGUAGAUGCAGCGUUUCCGUUCAAGAGGGAUCCCUUUUGGGGCUUCUACUGGCCCGGGGGCCAAGCGCUAACUAGGUUUAUUCUUGACGCGGCCCAGCGCUUUCGUGGGAAAUCCGUUCUGGACAUUGGCUGUGGUUGUGGUGCGUCUGCAAUUGCAGCGAUAAAGGUCGGCGCGCGCCACGUUACGGCCAACGAUAUCGAUCCUGUGGCGUUAGAGGCCACGAUGUUGAAUGCCGAAGCCAACGGUAUCGAGCCGCUGGGGACUCUUUCCAUUAGCGACGGCAAUCUUAUCGACGGGAGCGCCGCCGCGGACGAUUCACACUUCGACAGCGUGCUAAUUGGCGACCUGUUUUACGAUACCGAGAUAGCAGCUGAUCUUCGCCCAUGGCUACAGAGGUUGGCGCAAGCCGGUAAAGAGAUAUUUAUCGGCGAUCCCGGGCGCCACGGAAUCACCGAGACGGGCGUUCUGAGACACAUGGAGCUAUUGGCCCGCUAUGAACUGCCAGUGAAUGUUUGUCUAGAAAAUAACGGGUUUUCGCAUGCCAAUGUUUGGCAGUUUCGUUCGCAGUUAGAUCGGUGA